AUGGCCACGUCGUGCGCGUCGCGCCCAACGAGCUCUCCUUCACCUCCGACACAGCUUGGAAAACCAUCUAUGGGCAGCGGUCGACGGAGAUGGGCAAGGACCCGGUGUUUUCGCUGCACACGCCGACGGGGGUGCCGAGCUAAUAAUCAGCAAGACAUUCUGACAGCCGAUCGCCAGACGCAUAUCCGUCAGCGACGACUACUCUCUCACGCCUUUUCCGAAAAGGCCCUCCGCGAGCAGGAAUCUAUACUGCAGACAUAUGUCGACAAGCUGCUGGAGCAGGUCUCUGCGCGCUGUGCCUCGGGGGCAGUGGACCUGGUGGCAUGGUACAACUUUGCCACAUACGACCUGAUCGGCGACCUGUCAUUCGGCGAACAGUUCGGCUGUCUGGACAAGGGCGAGUACGACCCGUUCGUGCGGUCCAUCAAGGCCAUCGCCAAGGAGCUCACCUUCAUGCAGAUGCUGAAAUACUACGGCCUGCUGGGCGUGCGGCAGUUCUUCCUGCCCAAGGCCGUUGUGGGGGCCAGAGCGCAGAACAUGCAGCGGGCCAUGAACACGGUCGACCGGCGUGUGCAGCGACAGACAGAUCGCAAGGAUUUCCUGUACUACAUCCUCGCUGCCAACGACGAGAAGGGCAUGUCGCGCGCUGAGAUCAACGUCAACGCCUUCUCGCUCAGCAUCGCCGGGUCUGAGUCGACUGCCACUCUGCUGGCGGGCGCGACGUUCUACAUCCUCACGCACCGGGACGUAUACGAGAGACUGACGACGGAGAUCCGAACGACGUUUGCGUCCGAAGACGACAUCCGUCUGUCGAGCAUCAACAACCUCGAGUAUCUCGACGCUGUCCUCACCGAGACCUUGCGCAUCUACCCCCCUGUGGCCGUCACGCUGCCCCGAGUAGUCCCCGACACGCCAGCCGGAGGCGAGGAUAUCGACGGCUCCUUUGUCCCCGUGGGGACAACCGUCGGCGUGAACCACUUCGCCUGCUUCCGACAUCCAGCAAACUUCCACCAGGCAGACUCCUUUCUGCCGGAGCGAUGGCUUCCAGACCGGCGAGACCAAAACCCCUUCGACCGCGACAACAGGGCCUGUCUGCAGCCGUUCUCGUACGGCCCGCGCAACUGUCUGGGGAAGAACCUCGCGCGGGCGGAGAUGCGGCUCAUUCUGGCAAGGAUGCUGUGGCGAUUCGAUCUGGAGUUGGACGAGACGAUGACCAGCAGUAGCAGUAGCAUUAGCGCAUGGCAUGAUUCGCAGCGCGUGUUUGGGUUUUGGCUUAAGCCGCCGUUGAUGUGUAGGGUGACGCCAGUCGAUAGGAAGGAAUAG